GGCUCGGCGGGGCGGGAGAGUGGCGAGCGGACGCCGCCGGUGCCGGAGCAGCAAAGCCGGGGCUGCCCGGGCCGCCGAGAGGCCGGAGCGGCGGGGCCGGCGGGGCGCGGGCGGGCCUGCCCUACCGACCGGAGCGCAGAGCGGGAACACCCCGCCCCUUCCUCCCCGCGGGCCCUGCACGGGAAGAUGGCGGCGGCGGGAGGCGGCGGCGGCGGUGGCGCGGGGGCGGCGGGCCGGCCCGGGCUGUGAGAGCCGCGGCGGGACGGGCGGUGAGCGGCGGAGGAUGAGCCUGCUGUGCGCGCAGUAUCUCCGGCAGGCAGAAGUCCUGAAGGCUGACAUGACAGAUUCAAAGCUGGGUCCAGCAGAAGUCUGGACAUCCAGACAGGCUCUACAGGACUUAUAUCAAAAAAUGCUAGUUACUGAUUUGGAAUAUGCUUUAGAUAAAAAAGUGGAGCAGGACCUUUGGAAUCAUGCCUUUAAAAAUCAGAUCACAACACUCCAGGGUCAGGCGAAAAACAGAGCAAAUCCGAAUCGGAGUGAAGUUCAGGCGAACCUUUCUCUGUUUUUAGAGGCAGCUAGUGGCUUCUACACACAGUUACUCCAGGAAUUGUGCACAGUUUUUAAUGUAGACCUGCCGUGCCGUGUGAAGUCUUCCCAGCUGGGGAUCAUUAGCAAUAAACAGACGCACACCAGCGCCAUCGUGAAGCCGCAGUCCAGCUCCUGCUCCUACAUCUGCCAGCACUGCCUUGUCCACCUGGGAGAUAUUGCUCGCUAUAGGAAUCAGACCAGCCAGGCAGAAUCUUACUAUAGACAUGCAGCUCAGCUUGUCCCUUCUAAUGGUCAGCCUUAUAAUCAGUUGGCUAUUCUAGCUUCCUCCAAAGGAGACCACUUGACCACAAUUUUCUACUACUGCAGAAGCAUUGCUGUGAAGUUUCCUUUCCCAGCUGCCUCCACUAACCUACAAAAAGCACUUUCUAAAGCACUGGAAAGUCGUGAUGAGGUGAAGACUCGAUGGAGCGUGUCUGACUUCAUCAAGGCAUUUAUUAAAUUUCAUGGCCAUGUGUACCUGAGUAAGAGCUUGGAGAAGCUGAGCCCUCUUCGAGAAAAGCUGGAAGAACAGUUCAAGAGGUUGUUGUUCCAGAAGGCCUUCAACUCUCAGCAGUUAGUCCAUAUUACUGUGAUUAACCUGUUCCAACUGCACCACCUGAGAGACUUCAGCAACGAAACAGAGCAGCACAGCUACAGCCAGGAUGAGCAGCUCUGCUGGACACAGCUCCUGGCUCUCUUCAUGUCAUUUCUUGGAGUUCUGUGCAAGUGUCCUUUACAAAAUGACUACCAGGAGGACUCUGGGGCUGCAUAUCCUCUUCCAGCUGUGAAGGUUUCAAUGGACUGGCUGAAACUUAGGCCCAGUGUUUUCCAGGAGGCAGUGGUUGAUGAAAGACGGUACAUAUGGCCCUGGCUGAUCUCUCUUCUAAAUAGUUUCCAGCCUCAUGAAGAAGAUCUAUCCAGUAAUAAUGCAACCCCGCUUCCAGAAGAAUUUGAGUUGCAAGGAUUCCUGGCUCUGAGGCCCUCAUUCAGGAACUUGGAUUUUUCCAAAGGCCAUCAGGCAAUUACAGGGGAUAAAGAAGGGCAGCAACGUCGGAUACGGCAGCAGCGCCUGAUCUUCACAGGCAAAUGGAUUGCUGAUAACCAGCCAAGGUUGAUUCAAUGUGAAAACGAGGUAGGAAAGCUCUUGUUUGUGACAGAAAUCCCGGAGCUCUUACUGGAGGACCCUAGUGAAGCCAAAGAGAGUCUCACCUUGCAGGAGACAUCCAUGGUCGAGCCACUGUGUGCUGAUGGGAGCCCUGGACUCAAAUCAGUGCUGUCCUCUGGCAGAAGCCUGAGCAACAGCUGUGAUGCAGGAGAAAAACCCAUGGUCACCUUCAAAGAGAAUAUCAAGCCCCGGGAGAUGAACAGAGAGCAAGGGCGCAUCUACCCCCCAAAGGACAUAGCAAGGGAGAGACGGGACUUUAGCAAGGGAAUAGUAGCAAAUAAGAAUGAUGGGAAGAAGGAUAACAAUAAAAGGAAGAAUGAGACCAAGAAAUGCGGCUUGGAUAAGAUGCAGGAAGCAGGAAAGCAGAAUGUGGCAGUUCAGGUGAAAUCCCAGACGGAGAUGAGGAAGACUCCGGUAUCUGAAGCCAGGAAAACACCUGUAACUCAGACUCCAAGCCAGGCCAGCAGUUCCCAGUUCAUCCCUAUUCAUCACCCAGGAGCCUUCCCUCCCCUUCCUAGCCGGCCAGGAUUUCCUCCUCCAACCUAUGUUGUCCCCCCUCCUGUGGCUUUCUCCAUGAGCACGGGGUACACCUUCCCAGGUGGUGUUUCUGUCCCAGGAACCUUCCUCCAGCCCACAGCUCACUCGCCUGCAGGAAACCAGGUGCAAGGUGGGAAACAGUCCCACAUUCCUUACAGCCAGCAACGGCCCUCUGGACCAGGGCCAAUGACCCAGGGACCUCAGCAAACACCACCUCCUUCCCAGCAACCCCUCUCAUCUUUACCAGCUCAGGCAACAGCACAGUCCGCAAGCCAGUUACAGGUCCAAGCUCUGGCCCAGCAGCAGCAGCAGCAGUCCCCCACGAAAGCUGUGCAGGGCCUGGGGAAGAGCCCACCACACCACUCUGGAUUCCAGCAGUAUCCACAGACAGACACGUCGAAGCAGCUCUGGAACCCCCCUCAAGUCCAAGGCUCCCUGGGGAAGAUCAUGUCUGUAAAGCAGCCCUAUUACCUGCAGGCCCAGGACCCUCUCAAACUCUUUGAACAGUCAUUACAGCCUCCUGUGAUGCAACAGCAACCUCUGGAGAAAAAAAUGAAGCCUUUCCCAAUGGAGCCAUAUAACCAGAACCCCUCAGAAGUCAAGGUGCCAGAAUAUUACUGGGACUCUUCCUAUGGCAUGACGGACAACAGGGUGAUGACCCAGCAGUCGAGCAUGGACCGCAGGGGGAAGCGGCAGGGAGUCUUCCGCUCCGAGCAGGAUGCUGUCUCCAGGAUGACCUUUGAGAAGUCCCUGCUGGAAAAACCAUCAGAAUUGAUGUCUCAGUCAUCAUCUUUCCUGUCCCUCAGUGGCUUUUCUCUAAAUCAGGAAAGAUAUCCAAACAACAGCAUGUUCAAUGAGGUAUAUGGAAAAAACAUCAAUACCAGCACAAAAACAGAAGUCACCCCUUCAGUUGCCCAUCAGGAGACUUCACUCUAUUCUCUCUUUGAAGGGACUCCGUGGUCUCCAUCCCUUCCAGCCAGCUCAGAUCAUUCAACACCAGCCAGCCAGUCUCCUCACUCCUCCAACCCCAGCAGCUUGCCAAGCUCCCCUCCAACCCAUAACCACAAUUCUGUUCCUUUCUCUAACUUUGGACCCAUUGGGACUCCAGACAACAGAGACCGGAGAGUCGCAGACCGCUGGAAAACAGAUAAGCCAGCAAUGGGAGGGUUUGGUCUGGACUAUCUCCCAACAACAUCGUCCUCUUCGGAGAGCAGCUGGCACCAGUCCAGUGCUCCCAGUGGUACCUGGGCAGUCCAAGGCCCUCCUGCCAUGGAGGACUCCUCAGCUGUGCUUAUGGAGAGCCUGAAGUCCAUCUGGUCCAGUUCCAUGAUGCACCCCGGCCCCUCGGCCCUGGAGCAGCUGUUGAUGCAGCAGAAGCAGAAGCAGCAGCGCGGACAAGGUGCCAUGAAUCCGCCGCAUUGAGACAGAGGAGACAACCCUUCCAACGACGGCUCCAUAAACCAUGGCAUGUUGGGUCUGUGGGACUGGCACACACAGUCCUGUGCAGGUGGCAGCCCUCUCUUCUGUUCCUUGCUGUCAGGAGGGCGUAAGUGCUCCACCAACCCACUGAGUGUGCACAAAAUGUCUGCAGUGCAAGCAAACAACAUCAGGAACUCUCCCAUCCCCCGGGCCCUUCGGAGGGAGAGAGGAACUGCUGUUUGGCUCACUCAGUAACCCAAUAUCACCGCCUCUCACCUUCUCCAUUGUGCAUGUCCCCAGCCACAUGGGAAGUAGGAGCUGAGAGCAAAGGGCAGAUGGGAGAAGCCAAUGAGAACUUCUCAAUCCUUUUCUUCUCUUUGGGGAGAUAAAAUAGGAAUCCAUUAAUGAUUGCUUCGCUGACUGAGAAUGUAGUUGAAAUUACUCCUAAACAUCUUUAUUACUAUCUCAGUAGUAAGAUCACACUGAAUUCUGUACACAGACGUGCUUCAUAGUCAGUGUGUAGCAAUGAAAGCCCCAGUUGCUGCUCCAGUCACAGUGGGUGGUGAUGAGGUGGGGCUCUGUAUCCCGGACUAGCAAAGGAGUUUCAUGAAAGAGAGUCUGGCACUUGGCAUUGCUUCACCCAGAGGCUUUGGGUGGGUUAGAGACUCCAGCAUGAAAUGUCCUUCUCUGAGUAGGUGUUUGAGCUAUAAGGGGUGACAUGGGGCCUCACAGCACUCUGCUGAAAAGCAAGUUAACUGCUAUGGGGUUUUAAAUUAAUGUGUGAUUCCUGUACAUUUUACUGUAGCAUAGUGGCUAGCCCCACAAAGGGCAGGCUAGUCUGUGCAUUCACAGCCUGACUCAUUUUAAUAGGUAGGUAGAAAGCUUUCAAUGGAUUUUUUUUUUGUUUGUUUGUUUUGUUUCGGUUUGGUUUCGUUUUUUCUCUUUCCAUCCUCCCAUCUUCGCUGAACGCUGGUAGUUUCAUUACCAUGGCAGAAAAUAAUCAGGGGUCCAGCAGGGCUGGGUGAAUCCGACAGCCAGCCCAGACAGCAUGGGGCAUCCGCACGCCCGGUGAGGCACAGGUCAGCUCUGCAGAAACCUGUCCCAGCUGCAGCCCCAGGCUUUCAGUGCCAGAAACAAAUCCAAGGCACCCAUGGACACACGGAAACAGCACAGUGCUGUUCAUAGACGAAAAGGUGCAGAAGGGAAAAGGAAAAAAAAACGUUUUAUUUGCUAUUUAUUAGGGGGAAGGAAGACUGGAAGUUUUGUUAAAGAAAAGUACAGCGUUUUUGUUAGAUUUCCCAGGGAAGUUACAGAAACAGACUCAAUGUCCAUUUGCUGUUUUUAGCAGUAGGGGUUUGUGUGAUGAUUCAGGAUCUCUGGGCUAGAAUUCAGCUGCAGAACAAAGCACAUGCAGGAGCCGAAGUGACGCUGGAGUCUGGGCAGCCCCAGAGAAUACAAAAAGGGAAGGCGGAGGAGACCCAAUACCCUCGGGGGUGCGAGAAGCUCCCUGCGAGCUCCACCUGAGCAACAUCACUGUUCUGUGUUGCAUUUCAAAGCUGUAUUUCCUUUAACAAGUCCAAACAGUGAAGUUCCCACCCGGUGGUAAUCCAGCCCACCCUGUGUGUCCCCUCCAGCCCUCCCGCUGUGUGUCCAAGCUGUGCGCCCAGGCAGCUGCGGCAUUCCCGUGUUGCACCGUCACUGACUCUUGCACCCCAGACCAGGAGCACCAUCUCACUCCCGGCCGGGCCAGGUCCCAGCUGCACCGUUCCACUUGUGCAUGAGCACCCGGCUUCGGGAAUGCAUCUGAGCCCGCCCGCCCUCCAGCACCUGGAGGAGCAAGGCAAGGGGCCCCCAACAGAAACUGGUUUGUGUUGUAAGCUUUUUUUGUGUUUUCUGUCUGUCUGUGCAAGAACUGCAGCUGCCGAAAUCAGCUUUGCCUUUAAUUAAACCAUGUUCUCUCCA